UCUUAGCGUUUCCGUUCGAUUUGUUCCGCAUCCGCUCCUUCUUUUUGUCCUUCUCCCUCUCUCUCUCUCUCUUUCUCGCUCCUUCCUUCGUUCCUUACUAUUACAUCUUGAAGCAAGCGAUAUCAUGACUGAGCGGUCGCCGCUGAUGGAACAAGACGAACACGCUACGAACUUUGCCAUUGCCAAUCCGCCGGCGUCGUACCAGCGGCAGUCGUCGUCCUCCGCUGCUGCUGCUGCAUCUGCCGCCACCACCACCACCACCGCUGCCGCCGCGGCUGGCAAUGCAGGAGCAUCAGCAUCAGCAUCAGCAUCAGCAGCAACAGGCCGACGGAGCGGUCCGCCGCUGUCGAGGGCGACGUCGAACUCUGCUUCUGCUGCACGACUCUCGAUUCCCGGCAGCCGUCGCAGUGGCGCCACUUCUGCUGCUGCCGCCGCGAGUGGUGGUGGUGGUAGUGGUGGUGUGCCUGACGAACCCCUCCCGUCCUAUGAGACAGUCACUGGCAAUGCCCCGCCACCGACGUACGAGUCGCUGUUUGGCCGGAUUCGAGACGAGCGAGACCGAUCGGGCAUUGGUGCCAACUUUAUCCUGCGCGUCGUCAUCUUGCUGAUUGGAACGAUCGGCGUGUCCGUCAUGGGCGCGCUCUUCCUUGGCAUUCCAAUUUCAAUGAUUGUCAUUGGCGCGGUCAAGUGGGACGCACCCUGCGACACGGAUCACUUCCGAAUCUUCCUCAUUGUCGGCGGGACGUGCGGGUUGGCCACCAACCUGUACUCGCUGUGCUGCAAGAAGAAGCGGCGAGACGAGAAUGGCGAGCUGAUUCCCGAGGAACCCACGCUUCUCGGCCGCCUGAUGACCCUCACGGAGGUGUUUGAGCUCGGCUGGUUUAUCGUCGGCAAUGUGUGGGUCUACAGCUACGAUACUGGCGACGACUAUGCGAAUUGCGACAAAACGCUCUUCCUGUUCACAUUCUGGAUUGUCACAACAUUCUACUUGAUCCUCGGCGGCAUCCUUGUCCUCUUCUGUCUGCUGAUUUGCGUCCUCAGCUGCUAUGGCCGAUCUGUUCGUCAGCAGCAAGCCGCAGACGAUGAUGCGCCCUCGGAGCACGGCGAUGAUGGUGAUGAUGAUGACGAUCGUGACGACGGGCAAAAUCAUGACGGCGAGGAUGAGCAUGGCUCCCCACCGGGCUCUUCAGCUGGCGCAGGCAGCGGCCGCGCGAGUGUUGCUCGCCUCCCCGAAAUGACAACCGCUCCUCUCACAACGAACGGGUCGUUCUCGAGCACGUCGCUUGCUCGAGAAGCUUCCGUCACACGAUCAAGCGUGCCUCGCGAUGCAGUUGCCGUUGGCAUGCCACAAUCCGCACCAUCCUCACCCAACACUCCCGGCGCUGGCGACAACGACGAACCGCCACCACCGAGUUAUGACGAACUUGCGUAAAUCCGUCCGUUGGUCGUGUUCUUCUGUUUUAUCUGAAUUUCUGAAUUUCUGAAUUUCGGGGAAAAGGUUGGGCUUUUCCCCAAGUCGUUCUUUUGUUGAAAUGAAAAUCGUUGAUGUGGCUUUGAACUCGAAUCCAUGCUUUUCCUGGA